CCAACGAAUCAGAACACCCCGUACAUCAAGCGCCGCAAGUGCGAAUGGCCGGGCUGACUUUUCUCACGGUGGGCACGUAGGAGGCUCACAUGAAGAAGCAUCGAGACGGCAAAGAGAACGAAAGGUAUUGGGGCACUGUGCCAGGCUGCAACAAGAGGUACCCGACGUCAGCCUCGCGCAGCAGGCACGUCACAAACCACAAGAGGGCCUUGGAGGGGGUAAUGCACACCUGCGAUGAGUGCGAGAAGAAUUUCUCGACUCAAGCGGCUCUGAACAGGCACAGCUGCAAACCCGAGAAGUACAAGAUCGUUGAAAAGGAUGGGCGCUUCCUCUGCCCGGUCGAGUCUUGCUCGUCGAGCUUCACGACAAAGGGCUACGCCAAGAAGCACGUCAAGGACCGUCACGAGAGGAAGCGCGAGGCGGUCGAGUGCCCUCCACCCCAGCUGGUGAGUAGGCACCAGAUGUGCUCUAUCGAGGCCCCUCUGACCCGCAGCUCAUUCCUCGCCCGCUCUCCACUCGCACCCACCUCGCUGCAAUCCUUCAGCGGCAAGGUGCUCAAGAGCGAAAUGCUCCUGAGUAGGCACAUGGUGGUGCACACCGAGAGGCAGCGCAUCCCCUGUCCGAAAGCCGGCCGGUGGGUACUAUUUCCUCACGCAGCAUCUCGGCACUGACUUGCAACUCACAUUCUGCCUCCUCCUUCAGCCCCGAGGCCUACUUGCGGGUCAGCAACGUCCGAGACGACUGGCACCGGUCUCACGACGGGCCCUUCCCGGGGAUUUGCAAGUCUGCAAUGGGGGACGAUCAGGCCAGUGGCAGCAGCAGCGCCGUCUCUGGCCCCUCGGGCACG